AUGACAAAGUUACAAUUUAGGCCAGCAACACCCUUUGGAAUUUCUCGUCCAUUACAGGCACCCAGAGCUCCACACUUUGAUUCAUACACUUUAUCAAGCACAACAGACUGCCAGACCAUGAGGAAGGUCAAAAAACCGGAAAGAGAGCGAAUGUGUAAGAGAGGAGAGCCAUGGGGACCGGGUGGUCCACAAGUUUCCGUCGGAUUAACUUUAUGGUCUCACAGACCAUUUUUUGUCGGCAAAAUCUUCUCGAAAGAAACACAUUUACACGAACAGACUGAUAUGAAUCGCAAUUUGAUCGUAUUGAGAUACCUCUACUGGAGUAUACAAGUUCUCGCUGGUAUUGGUGCUAGCCUGUAUGGUGCUGGAUCUAAUGGAAACUCUUCUAAUUGGCAAUGUCUUGGAAUUGCUUUUCUUGUAACAGGUGUAGCUGGUGGUCUUAUUGGAUUAGAUCCCCCUGUAGCAUUUCCUUCGUUCAAGAACUGGGUUCAGCGAGACCAUCUUUCCCGUCGUCUCUUUAGAGAGUCUGAGGUAAACACACGGGUGUACAAGAAUGUGUAUGCAAACUUUGGACUCAAGGGACACAUUCCAAUCGAUAACAAGGUCGGUUUGUAUAGGAUAAGGAUGAGAUGUAUAUCUGGAGGUUAUGCCCGUGGUAUAUUCAGAUUUACUCGAAUGUCCAAAAUGGCCUUUUCACAAGUUGCACGGGAGGGUUGGCUAAAGAGGUUUGGGUACCGACCGGACUUGUUCAGAUGA